AUGUAGCAUAUAGAUCUGUCAGACAAGAACUUAGUGUUUUGGGAAAGUUAGUAAUUCGUGGUACACGCCUAGUGAUUCCGAAGAUAUUACAGAAGAAGGUCCUGAAUUUGGCACAUGAGGGACAUCAAGGAAUCGUUAAGACCAAACAGCGUUUAAGAAGUAAAGUUUGGUGGCCAAAUAUUGAUAAGGAGGCAGAAAAACAAUGUCGUACAUGUCAUGGAUGUCAGGUGGUGCAAUUACCUUCUCGUCCAGAACCAAUGGUAAGAACACGUUUACCAGAAUCUCCAUGGGAAAUAAUUGCUUGUGAUUUACUUGGUCCAAUAAACAAUAAUAUUUACAUUCUAGCAAUAAUCGAUUAUUAUAGUAGAUGGAUUGAAAUAGAUAUUCUGAAAUCUAUUACAUCGUCAAAGAUUGUUCAGUCUUUAGAUCGAAUGUUUCUAACUCAUGGAUUACCAUGUGAGUUAACGUCUGAUAACGGUCCACAAUUUGUGUCUUCUGAGUUUGAGGAGUUUUGUGAGAAGAAUGGAAUUUAUCAUCGCCGUAUAACUCCAUUAUGGCCACAAGCAAAUGCUGAAAUCGAAAGACAGAUGAGAAAUCUAAACAAAGUAAUUAAAAUUUCUUAUGCGCAAGGAGGAAAUUUAGAGGAGGAACUUAACAAAUUCCUAACAGCGUAUCGUACAACACCUCAUGGGACUACUGGAAAAGCCCCAGAUGAGAUGUUAUUCAAGAGACGUCUUCGCACAAAGAUACCUGAAUUGGUUCCUUUUGAUAAAUGUGAUGAAGAAGUACGUGAUAGGGAUGCAGUUCUCAAACAGAAAGGAAAGGAAUAUGCGGAUGACAAGAAGAAUGCAAAAUAUCCUGACCUCAAAGUUAAUGAUAAAGUUCUACUGCAGCAGCAUAAAACGUGUAAGACAACAACUAUGUAUGAACAUGAUCCUUACGAGAUUGUUGACGUGAAUGGUUCACAAGUGACAAUCAAAUCAGGUGAAGGUGUUUGCUACAAACGCAAUUCUUCACACGUUAGAAAAUUUGAAGAAUCAGAUUUACCAUCGGGAAAUGAACAUAUUGACGA